GCCUAAGGUUAAAUCACUUUCUCUGUCAUUUACCGUUUUUUUGUGUAUUUGCAACACCAGGGGUUGACAAAUGUAUUUGAUUAAUGUAUAGGUCAACUUGAAUGCUACCUUAUAUAGGCCUACACCUCAAACAAUAAAUACUGGGACAUAUCAAGCUCCACAUUGCCGUAAAACCACAAUUAUUAUCACCGUUGGCUACGUCUUGCGCUAUAACCUUUGUUGGAAAAGUAAAAAUAACGAUCAGUCUAACCACCAACAAUGCGGAAAAGCAAGUUUGGAGAAAUCUACAGCUUUUACUUCCGAGUGGAGAUUUAUUUCCCUCACGUGGGGCUGGCAGUGAUUUAACCCAACUCCGGGCGACACAUAUGCAUGUUGAUCCUAUUUUAGGAUGCGUUGUUAAGUUGUUAUUUGGACGCCUAUCGAUGCAAGAUUGACAAGCGAAAGCAAUGGAGUCUGGUAUGUGUUAAGAAACCUUUGACGCGAACCCACGUUUUUUCCUUAUUUUUCCUUCAGUUCAUCCCCUCAAAGGCAUCCCUCCCCCUCGCAGCUCACAGCCUACCUGUGAGGACUUGCCCACACCCCGUACGUCUUCGGCGCGGUCAAAGGGAGGGGAAAAAAUAAACUCAAAGUGCCCAGUCGAUAGACACACCUUUAACUAUAAGCUCAUAGCGGCGUUGCGGGAUCCAGCUAUCUGAGGCUGAUAAUGUCGUCGAACGAGAGGUCGGUUCGGGAGCUGCGGGAGCUGCUCCACAAGCCGGGGAACGAUACCUGUGCAGACUGCGGGGCGCCAGACCCAGAGUGGGGGUCCUGCUCCCUGGGGGUGUUCAUCUGUCUGGACUGCUCGGGGGUCCACCGCAACCUUCCCGACAUCGGGAAGGUCAAGUCCCUCAGCCUGUCCCGCUGGGAGGACCACGAGGUGGAGUUCAUGUCAGAGGGUGGCAACGAGCUAAUGAGGGCCAAAUACGAAGCGGCGGUUCCAGUGUACUACUACAAACCCAACUACAGAGACUGUCAGGUGCUGAGGGAGCAGUGGAUAAGAGCCAAGUAUCAGAGGAGGGAGUUCUGCGACCCUGGGACCAAGCUAACAUAUGAGGAAGAAACGAGAGAUGGAAUGCUGAUGAAAAGGGGGCGGGACAAUGGGCAGUUCCUCAACAGACGAUUCGUCCUGUCAGAGAGGGAGGGGACUCUGAAGUACUUCAUUAAGUCUGACGGCAAGGAGCCAAAGGCGCUGAUCAAGGUGGACUCCAUCAACGCCAGCUUCCAGCCGGCGAAGAUUGGCCACCUGAACGGCCUGCAGAUCACCUACCUGAAGGACUACAGCACAAGAAACAUCUUCCUCUACCAUGACAGCGGCAAGGAGAUCGUCGACUGGUUCAAUUCCAUCAGAGCGAUUCAGCUGCACUAUUUAAAAGUAGCCUUCCCUGGGGCCACAGAUGUAGAGCUGAUGCCCAAACUCACACGCAACUUCCUGAAGGAGGGCUACAUGGAGAAGACUGGACCCAAGCAAACGGAAGGCUUUAGGAAGCGCUGGUUUACCCUGGAUCACAGGCGGCUCAUGUACUUCAAAGAUCCCCUAGACGCCUUUGCGAAGGGCGAGGUGUUCCUCGGCAACAAGGACCACGGCUACAGUGCCACGGCCGGCCUGCCUGCCACCGCCUACUGUAACGGCGCCUGGCAACACGGCAUCACCAUAGUAACGCCGGAGCGCUGCUUCCUGUUCACCUGCGAGACGGAGAGCGAUCAGCAGGACUGGCUGCGGCAGUUCGCCGCCGUGCUCGGCGCCGUCAUGUCGCCCCAGGAGUACACCAUGGAGGCGCUCUUCAAGCAUAGACACUGAUGGAUGUGGCCAACCAAUCCACAGCCACCGCGACAUCACCAGCACUAACCCAGCGCAUUCAGGGAGUGACAUCAUCUAAUCACCAGGGCGGUGUCGUUGCUAGGUCUGUUGCUAGGUUCCAAAUAUAGUGUGCAUGGAGACCACCAGGUAGCCGUCUCUUUCUCUCUCUUCUUAGCAGCAGAAACACUACACGGGGCCAUGAGUCAUCCUCAAUCGCUCCUAUAUCUUGUUUAAGUUGUGUCUGUUUAUUUUAACAUAGUGUUCCCCAACCUUUCAGUAUCCUGUAGCCCCACAGCAGUACGGCCCAGGUAACCCUCCAUCCUCAUCACCAACCUAGAACUGUUUCCCUUUAGACUUAUAUUAUAAUAUUAUCAUUUCGUCUCUUGAUCAAUAUUAUAGAGGCUUUGAGGUGUUUCAAACUGAAACAGCCUGACGUACUGGUUUUCUGGACUUGUACAUUUCCCCCCUGGAGCCUGUUCAUGUUCCCCCUAGGGAACACAUACCCCUGGUUCUGAAUCAAAAAUCUAAACUAGAUGUAUUGCGGUAUUAACGGACACUACCAUUGUUUCGUAUGCAUGUUAAAUGUGAUUUUGGUAUUUGCUAUAUCAUUUUAAAAAUCCAUAUUUUAAAGUCAAGUUUUGUUUUAUUUUUUACGAAUCUAUGGUUCCCCCACUAGUUUUUAGUGGAUAUUUUAAGGGAAAUAUUAAAUAUAUUAAGAUAUUAAUGUUCUUGAGUCAGAAAAAUAAUGUUUGGUCCAACAGCACCACCUUCUGGUGGAAGAUCAUAAAUAUAAUAUAAUAAAAUCUCAAACGUGCCAAGUUUUUGAAACAUCAUUCACAUUUUGACGUUUUACAUCGCAAUUAUGCUUUACAACUGUACUGUAUCUUUACAUUUUAAUUUCUAAUAAAGCUAUAUAUAUGGCAUUUCA